AUGAAAAUGAGCAAGAAGCCUGACCACAAAGCUGAACUUGCCCCACCUGGAUCAGCUAGCCAGAACCAUGAAUGGAAGCUCCCUCCUGUGCAAGCACAGACAACAAAGGGAAAAGAAAAUGCACACUCCCUACGCAGGCAUUAUCCUGUUCAGGUUCAAAGGGACUUUCUCAGCCUGACCUGCCUGCAUCUUGGCCAAACAGCCAGUGAUGAAGCAGAUACAGACACCCCUGGUGCCUUUCUUACGUCAAUGAACGAGCAAAACAAUUAUGAAGAACAGAUUGUGAAAGUGAUUUUUAUUACAGAACACUAA